AUGUCCCACCACGACCUCGCAGUGCUACUUGAUGGCGCCGACCCCUCCGUCACCUACGGUCCAGGAUGGAGUCAAAUAUCGAAACCUCAUGGUAAUUUCAUAGGCGGCUCGGCGAUGGAAGGUUCCGGCAAUCUUGCUUUCAACGUGUCUUUCUAUGGUCUGUGGUUCACGCCUGUUUGCCUCCGGGACAAAAUUUACAUCGUCUGGUUCGUAGGUGUAUCCCUCUCAGCCAUUGGUGUGAUCAAUACGACCACAAAUCCAUUUGCAUCGAUAGACAAUAAUACGGUACAAGGGGGAUACCUAGAUCUCCCCAACUACAGACCAUGGUACACGUCACCGGUGCUCUCCGACCACCAGCACGAUUUGUCCUUUUUCAUACCCAAUGCUCUCUACGCUAUGCUGGAUUACCUAGUCGUCACGGCGGGCCCUUCGACUCCGUUACUGGGGAAGACGAUCAUAGCAGAUGACUUCGACGCGGAUAUUCAGUACAAGGGAUCAUGGGAAACAGACUUCGGCCAAAUCUUUCCAGCUAGAGACUCUAAUUCCACUGGUCGCUUAUCGUACAGAAAUACCACUCACUUCACCCGCCAUCCAGGAUCUUCCUUCUCGUUUGAUUUUACCGGAACCACUGUAUCGGUAUACUGUAUUUUACAAUCCCACCUCGCUGGCCGUCUAGGAGCUAAAUUCUCCAUCGAUGGGAGUUCCGCUACUACCUACGCCGCUGAAUUUAACAACUCCACCAUGCGUUCAUUUGAUCGGACACACACCCAAUUCUUCAACGGCACUGUCUCUGCUGGGACCCAUAGGCUGGACGUCGAGGUUACAGAGGUUACAGGCGACCAAUCGUUCAUGCUGGAUUAUAUCUUAUACGAAGCAUCGUACGAAAACGCUUUAUCAAAACCAGCAGCAAAACCACGUACGGAGGAGGAGGGUUCAAGUAAACUCCCCUUUGGUGUCACUGCCGGCGUGAUUGCUGCUGCUGUCGUCCUCCUCAUCCUCCUCAUUGCAUUCUGUUGGCGAAGGAAGCGUCGCGCGAAGAGCGUCGAAGUCGAACAAGGGGCGAUCGAUCUUACUGCUCAACAUCCAGCGUUUGGGCAAGAUACUCCCGAGAUGGCCCACCGCGGGACUUUUUAUCGCAAGUCUAGCUUUGGGAUAAGCAGCCAGACACUUGUCGCCGGGCCUGAGUCAGAGCCAGAACAUCCGGGCCUUCCUAGACUGCCCUCCUUCGCGUUUCCCAGUGUACCUCCCGGAAACGACGACAUACAUCGUAUCGACCCAUUCACUAUUUCUUCCUCUCGCCCUUCGUCUCCGCAUCGCCGGAAAAAGUCCGAAUUCCUCGCUUCUAUCGAUACCACUAACCGUCAUUACCCCAACGCAUCAACCUCAUCCGGUUUCCACCUUCCUUCUCCUUCAAGCUAUCAUGCCUCCCAGUCGUCAAGCGACGUCACAAGCAGCGGGUUGCUAGCAGCCUCUGCCCCGUCCUCUCCCCAUCACCUCACGCAUGCUUCAUCUCGUAGUAUGUCAUCAAGACGCUCGAAAAGCAUCACCGAUCCAGACAACCUUGAUUCUCUCCCCCGCCCGCCGUCCUCUCACACACCCUCCCACUCCAAACACAACCGCACCCUUACCUCAGCGACCAACACAUCUACUUACACUACCGCCGCCUCGAAUUCCCACUCCUCCGGUGCUCCCCAUCAUUCGCGCAACUCUUCUCAUAUGUCAUUUAACUACGCUGGCGGACCUAUCCCCCAAGUAGAGCUCAGGCGCCGUACGCAGGAGAUCUACGAGAUGGUUGCCCGGCUGGAGAGUGACAUUACGCUUGCCGCGGCUGGCGCUGGUGCGAAUGGUGGAGAGGGCGAGCAUCGUGUUCAAGAGCUCCGAAGGAGAGUGGAGGUUCUGACAAGAGAAAAUGCAAGGCUGCAUAAUCAAAGUACUAUGAGCGCAUCACUACCUACUAUCAUCACCACCGUCGACGAGCCCCCGCCUGCGUAUCAUACCCCCGGUCCAGCCACUUGUUGA